AUGGCCCAGUUCUAGUAAUUCCAGCAGAAACCUCGCAAAAGGGUUUAAGAAACGCAGUGCUUCGAGAGUACCUUUCUUCCUCUAGCAGUGGCGGUGCACCAUGGAGACAGCGAGGGUUCGUGUACUGUUCGAGGAUCGCAACGUCUUGAGCAAGUCGCAGAAAAAGUUGGGACUAAGGCGGAGCUGGAUUCUCCUAAAGCCCCAGCAAGAGACCAUAUCCGAUUUGGCCUCGUAUCUGCUCCACAUUUUCCACCUUCACGAUGCUUGCCCUCACGGGCUUAUUCUUUCUAUGGAUGGCUUUGUAUUACCGCCGUUUGAGUUGACUACCAUUUUGAAGGACAAAGACAUAGUUCGUGUGAAAAAGAAACAGGGUACAUUGUCUGAGAUAGUUAUGGUGGAAGAUGAAGGGAAUCAUUUGGAUUUAGAAUUGGUGGAGAAGCAACCUUUAGCAACGGGUGUGCAGCCUCUUGCCAAUGAGGAAUUUCAAAAGGAAACAGGAGCCUAUGAAAGUGAAUCGGAAGAGGAUAAACAUGAGGAGUCUGUGGAUGCUUUUGCUGUGGAAAGCCAUCCUGAUGAAAACAAAGUUUCAAAGAAGAGAAAGGCAUUGAGCAAACUUCAGAGCUCAAAGAGGAAGAAAAAGAAAUCUGCCACUGGUGGAAAAGGCGAAGUUGGUCCUGAAAACACUGACAAUCAUGUCGAUAAGGAGCAGAAUUUGCGUCAGCACAGUGUCCUCCCAAAAAAGUGUCGUGUGAAGAAAGACCAUUUAUCUGCGCUACAUUGUGAACCUGAUAAGUCAAGUACCCCUGGAGUUGAUGAAAGAAGUAACAUCAUCAUUGGAAAGUCUAUACCGACUCUGGAAAUAUCCUGUGAGCUUCAAGAAAAUGGCAAUGGGAGUGUGGAUGCAUCUGGCACACAUAGUGGAGUUAAACAGUUCCCCAGUAGAAGUGCACGGCGUAAGAAGGCCAAGAGGCGAUGGCUGAGGGAACUGGCGAAAGCUGAAAAGGAGAAGCUACACCAGACCCAAUUACCAGAGAAAGUUGAUAUGCAAUCGCCUGAAAAAAGUAAUCAUGAACUUUCUGAAGAGCAUCCAGAGUCAGAUUGUGGAUAUUGUGAAGAACAUCCGCAGCAAGAUCAAGAUAGUGAUGUAGAAAAUGAUGUUGUUCCUAUUGUUGUUAGGCCAGGUCACAUCCGGUUUGAAGCCCUCGGUAAAGUUGAUGCUGAUCAGGUUGUGCAGCAGAAUGAAUUGCGUAUGGUGAAUUUUCAGGAAACAUUUCAGUGGAAUGGAAUAACCAGUAAGAAAAAGGGUCAAAAAUGGGGCAAAGAAAAUAGUGCAUCUUGUAGAAGGAAUGACUAUAAAAGCUUCAAUGAAGAAUGUCCUGAGAUGGAGAAACCACCCCAAAGCCAAGUCAGGAGCAUUGAAGAAGUAGCACUUAAGGAUGAUUGCAUUGACUUCGAUAAGCUUCCACCCCUUACUGGCUUGCCAAAGGAAGGAGAUGUCAUUUCGUAUCGCCUAAUAGAGCUAUCAUCAUCCUGGACUCCAGAGCUUUCAUCCUUGCGUGUUGGAAAAGUAUCAUGGUAUGACCCUGAUUCCAAUAACAUAAUGCUGGUACCGGUCCCGGAAUAUCCAAUUCUUGCUGAGAAGAAGGUUGAUGAUGAUGAUGAGGCAUCUGCAUCGCAAGCAGAGACAUCCCUAUAUGGGGAUGAUGGCUCUGUAGAGAUUGAUUUUUCCUCCCUUGUGAACAUCAGUAUUGUCACGCAUGCCAACUCAAAUUCGGCUAAAAUAGCCACCAAUGAGGUCAAUGAAGUUCCUGUUGGAGACAAAGUUACUGAAACCAGUUUGAGGUCCAACGGGAAUAGCAAAGUUGCUGCUACCCAAGAGAAUGGAGAAGUAAAUGCAUGGGAAGAAAUUAGCAAGGCUUUGAAUGCAAAAAAGGCACAACUGUCUCAUGAAGAGAAUUCGUAUAAAACUGAAUCUUCAGGCAGGCAGCCAAUGUCCUACAAGGGCUUGAGACGUGGUGCGCUGGGUCCAACGAUGGCUUUAUUAAGAGCGCAAAAUGGUCUAGAGUGACCGACUAACCAUAUCUAGGUCUAGAUCGUCCAAAAUCAUAUGCAUCUUGUGAAAGUUUCAUAGAGGCAAAAAUUUCUGCUCGUGUUGAAUGCAAGGCAAACUGGGACAAUUAAUGAUGAAACUUUUGUACAGUAUGUUUACCUUGCAUUAUAGGACUAUAUAUAAGUCUAAGCGAGAGUAAAAUGUUGCUUAUUA